UCCCGCUUCAGCGGCGCACCAAGAUGGCGGCGACCCGCCUUUCCGCCUGCAGCCAAGAUGGCGGCGUACGAGAAGCGAAGGGCGGCGGCGGCCACCCCGAGCUCGAGCGGGAUGGGAGACGAAGCAGAAUUCCUGUUACAAGCCGAUAUCACCGCCAUGGUGCGGGAAGCGCUGCUGAAAGUGCUGGAGGCGAGGCCUGAGGAGCCCGUUUCUUUUUUAGCCGAUUAUUUCGAGCGGUUGGUGCUGGGAGGAUCCGGUACAACGGGAGAAGCGGCUGCGGAGCUGGCGGGGCCGAUGCAGCGCCUGGGCCGGGCGCUGUGCUACGUACACCUGGCUCACCACUCCCAUAGGACGGCGUUCAACACCAACAUCAGCACGGCCUACGAGGUGCUGGGAUCCGGAGGGAGGAGGAAGAUGCUGGGUGUGGAUGGCCGGCUUUACAGCGAGCUGCUACGGCGCAUCUGUCAGCACGGGGAUGCACCGCAGGACGUGGUUGCAGAGCUGCUGCAUCGGGUGCAGUGCCGGGAUCACGAGGCCGUGCCGUUUGAUGUGUUCCGAUACGGCGUGCUGAGCUGCUUCGUGCUGCUGGAGUUUGUGAGCAAGGCACGGAUGCUGUAUGACGUCCUGGAUAACGGUGCUGGGGUGGCUGAUAAGAGCGUGUGCCAGGCUGUGCUGUGUACGUUGGAGGAGGCGUUAGGAGCUGGUGGGCUCUCUGUGCCUGGCCGUUAUCUAGAGGCAAGCUCAAGGUUGGGGCCGGAUUGCUUAGCGUUGGCUAUGGACCGGGCACUGCAGGAGAGGCAGCUCAGCAGCACUAUGAGCAGAGAGGAAUUCCUGAAGAAAGCCACGGCUUUAUUUGUUGCGAAAGUGAAACCCGUUGAGUAACAUCCAGGUGGGAGAGACGUUGGCUGGAUACCCCUUAUGUGCUUCAAACAGUGCUUUGUGUUGAGGACAAGGCUCUGCUCCCUGCUUUGAGGCUUAGGUGAGCCCUGAUGAUGAGAGAUGCUGAUUUCCACGCUCCAUUUCUUGCUCCCUUGCCUCUAGAGCUCGAUGUCCCCAUAUCCUGCUGUGCCUCUGCUGAAUGUAGCCCCUCUAUUCCUAUCUGCCAUCAUUUAUUAGGCCUUAAGUGGGAACUGGAAGGUGUAAGGCAGAGGGUUAGUAAUUAAAACCAACACAGAGUUAAUUAAGCACAGGUCUGGGUCUCCAGGUGUCCUGUGGUCUCAUUGAUGAUGCUUUCAGGUUUUGCAUUGAGGAGCAGCUUGUUGGUGCUGUAAAGCUGUUGGUAAGCAGCUGAUCUCUUUCCUUGCUCUCUAUGUCCCAAACCCCCUCCAGCUCUACAAUCCAGGCUCCGCAGAUGAAGGUUUGUAAUUGAACGGUGAUUUCUCCCAAUGGAAACUGCUGACGUGGGACCAUUUGAGCACCAAAAGACUAUAAACGAGCUCCUAUUCCUAUAGAGGUCGCUUUGCUUUUUGUGGCGGGUCGAGUGUAUUUAUUCGGAUUGAUCUACUGUCAAACAUUAAAGCCCUUUUUUCUUA